AUAUAAUUAUAACUUGCCCUAAAAGAUGUAGUUCAAAUGAGUUGAGACUUUGAGUGGAGUUGGGAAUCAUAAAUUUAUCUGCAGAAAAAGGUUAUGGCUUGUUUAUUAGCUAAUAGAAAGUAAAAGAAAUACUGCUGCGGCAAUGUCAUGGUAUAAAAACAGUAGAUUAUUGAAGAAACUGGUGAUUAUGAAAAGAUGGGAGCUGCACAGUCACAGACAAGUGAAGCAAAGGAGUCGGAAUACACAGAGGAGAAAAGAGAGGUAGAAAAUGAAAAUGAUGCACAAGUGGUAAAGCUUCCAUAUAAUUAUGAAUCUAUACUGAGAGAAGCAGAUCCAACAUCAGAUGAUACUUCUGCAACAGAUAAGCAGCUGUAUGAUCAACUCUGCCAUGGAGUUUUCUUGAACCAAAAGAAAAAGAAAUAUUGGGUUGAAAAGAAGUCCAACAGCAACUGCUUUUUAUUGUUUGCUAAGGAUCUCUUAAUCACUUGGGCUGAUGAUGAUCGUUUCUGGCAUUGGUCUCGCCUAUAUGAGUCAAGUAAUGUCUUUGUGGAUGUUGCUGAACUAUUAAACGUUUGUUGGCUGGAAAUACAUGGAAGAUUCGAUACAGCAAAGCUCUCUCCAGGUAUUCUAUAUGAAGCUGUAUUUCUGAUAAUGCUGAAAGACCCUGCUUAUGGAUGGGAAGUGCCAGUUAACCUAAGACUCACCCUUCCGAAUGGAACCAAGCAAGAACACAAAGAAUACCUAGUAACAAAACCUAGAGCACAAUGGAUAGAAGUUCCAGCCGGUGAGUUUGUAUCUUCACCAGAUAAUAUUGGGCGGAUAGAAAUUUCUAUGUAUGACUACGAAGGUGGGAAAUGGAAGAGAGGACUUGUGGUCAAAGGCGUCACUCUUCGACCAAAAAAUCAGGUUUCAAAUAUUGAUGCAUGACUUGCAAAUCAUACAGGACCGGGACUUUAUAAUGAUUAAUAUUCCUGCCACUAAUUAGUUCAAGUUGAAGAAAGAGUGGAAUCCAGAUAAGGUUCAGACGUACUAUUGACAUGGUUUCUGUCAAUUGGUAAUAUACUAAAUGCUACUGCUAAAUGCACCGAUUUAACAAGUCAUCACAUGUUAAUCAAAACGGAACUAAUGCAAAGAUUUAUCAUAUCCUGAUUGCUAUUCCAAGCCAAAGGAAAUGGAAAAUAGAUGCAUCCACAUCAUUCUGUCUAUUAUAAAUUUAUAGGGUUGCAGAAACCAACAGUCUAUUAUAAGCUUA